ACAUAUUUUGGCUGUGAUACAGAAAAUAAUGAAGAUGAUUCCAUAUCAGAACUUGAUAGUGAUGAUGAAACAACAGCCGAUAGUGACUAUGAGCCUAUUGCUGGGCUGAGCACUAAUUUACCCAAAAAAAAAAU